AUGGCCCGUACGAAGCAGACAGCUCGCAAGUCCACCGGUGGCAAGGCGCCCCGUAAGCAGCUUGCAACGAAAGCGGCUCGCAAGAGCGCGCCGGCGACCGGCGGUGUGAAGAAGCCGCAUCGUUAUCGGCCUGGCACCGUAGCUCUGCGUGAGAUCCGUCGUUACCAGAAGAGCACCGAGCUUCUCAUACGAAAGUUGCCGUUCCAACGUCUAGUGCGCGAGAUCGCUCAGGACUUCAAGACCGAUCUGCGUUUUCAGAGCUCCGCCGUCAUGGCAUUGCAGGAAGCUAGCGAGGCCUAUUUGGUUGGCCUGUUCGAAGAUACAAACUUGUGCGCGAUCCACGCCAAGCGCGUAACCAUCAUGCCCAAGGAUAUUCAACUAGCUCGGCGUAUUCGAGGAGAACGCGCUUAG